GUUUGCCUAUUCCUUUUUCAAUUCCCACACCGUCACUACGACUUCAGACCAAAGCUGGACUUUGCUAUAUUAUUCCCCUUCACAACGCUCUUUCUGAAGGCCAACUUCAAAAUCCGCAACCUAGACAUGACAAUGCCAAAGUCGAGAAACCCAAAUGCACUGAGAGUCACCCCCGCCCCAUUCAAGCCCUCCUUCCUCUCUAUCCCUCCGUCUCCCUGCUCGCCUCGUACACCCCUCACACCACCUCCCGCCCCCUUCCCCCCGCGCAAAGCCGCACAGAUUCUAGGCAUCUAUCCACUACCCGCCUCUACCGCGCCGCCAAGUCCUCUUUCAUGGAUAUGGACAUGCCACCAGUGCCACCGCGACUACCACCUCGGCGCUACACGUCGGUGUCUCGACGACGGACAUGAAUUCUGCAGCGGCACGACGACAGUCAAGCUCUGGCGGAAAACAAGCAACACCCGGCGCGUGCGGAAACAUCGAGCCUGUUCGAGCGAAUUCGACUAUCAGGGGUGGAAAACCUGGGGGCGAUGGAGGAGAAGCGGGGUAAGUAGUAGUAGUACUCGGGAGUCCAGAGCCACGCAGUCUACCCUUCUAGCCGAUGAUAAUGGUGGUGGUGCUUUAAACAAGAAGAAGAAGGAUUGCUGGAAUACAUGCGACUACCCGAGCGAAUGUCGCUGGGGCAAAAAGUUCGGUAUCCACACCCCCGUUGACGCGCACCUUGCUUCUUUCGAGAUUAAUGUUGGCGUUGACGCUGGUGUGCAGUCCAUGCAUCUCUCCAGCGGGGACAUCGUAGAUGGUAGCCAAGGAAAAACGUCCGAGGAAGCGGAGAAGGAUGGAUUCUGGAGUGGGCUACUGGCUAGUACGGAGCGGAGGAAGAAUGGGAGUAGUUCCGCUUCCUCUCCGCUCGCGAUGGCGGUAGCCGAGGACGAGGAUGGACUGCACGAUUGGCGUGGGGAGAAUACAUUGCCAGCGUCGUUGCUGCGGGACGGCGAUGGAGAUGUCGUCAUGACAGGCUCGACUAUCGAUCCCUCGCUGCUUACCAAGAACGUUGAAUAUCCGCCAUCCAUGGACUUUGCAUCCUCGUUGUCGAUACCUUCGUCUUCGGCGACUUCUUCCUCAACAACUUCAUCAGCGGUGGCAGUUGCUUCUGCAGCAGUGGAUUCUUUCAAAGCCCUCCUCGGCAGGAAAAAGGGUCGUCGAACUCGUUCCUCCCGAUCCAGUAGCAACAUAUGCACAUCUCAGUCUCAGUCUCAGCAUACCACGCUCCUUCACUGCACUCCCACGAUCAAUUGA